AAUUGUACGAUGGGAUGUUCAAUUGGAAUCAUGCUUAUCCGCUCCUAGUUUUAUAAUUAAAUAACACUCUGUCUCUCUCUCUCUCACACACAAGUUUCUCUCUCUUUCUCAAUUAUUUCUGACAGUAAAUAGAGAAGGGUUAUCUCAAGUAAAUCAAUCUAAUUGGCACUAGCUGAGAGCAACAACAACAUGGGGAGGGCACCUUGCUGUGACAAAGCAAACGUGAAGAAAGGUCCUUGGUCGCCAGAAGAAGAUACCAAACUCAAAUCCUACAUCGAACAGCACGGAACCGGAGGAAACUGGAUCGCUUUGCCACAAAAGAUUGGCCUUAAACGAUGUGGCAAGAGUUGCCGUCUCAGGUGGCUAAACUACCUCCGCCCUAACAUCAGACACGGUGGUUUCUCCGAAGAAGAAGACAACAUCAUUUGCAGCCUCUACGUUAGCAUUGGAAGCAGGUGGUCGGUCAUUGCAGCACAAUUGCCGGGAAGAACUGAUAAUGACAUAAAGAACUAUUGGAACACGAGGCUGAAGAAGAAGCUUCUAGGGAAACACCGUAAGGAACUACAGGCACGCAACAAAGGAAACGGUGGUAUCCUUAAACAGGAGAACAGUUCCUCGCUCUUGCUUCAGCAAAACAGUGCUCAACAAUUACAUCCAUGUUGGCCACAGAUUCCAGUGCUGCCACUUUCAUCACCGUACACAAACCAAAGUCCAAGUUUCAACGACCAAGAUUCCAUUAGAAAGCUUCUAAUCAAGCUUGGAGGGAGAUUCUCCGAUGAUUAUCAACCCAUCCUAGAUGGGUUGAAUCUUCAGUUCCCACAUGGUUCAAAUUCUCUCUCAUCAACACAACAAAUUCAAGAGGAGCAAGUCCAUGUUGGUUCUUCUGCACUAGGGUGCAUGAACUCUAUUGGCCACAAUCAAGUACAAUUUGGUCAGAGUAAUGAGUACUGUGCUGAGUUGGUGCAAGGACAAGGGAGUUUCAUUACCACAGCAAUUGGGGAAAUGGUUUCUUCUAAUGAUUAUUCUCGAAGGUUAUUAGGUGGGUCGUUGGAGUUCUUCUAUGGGGAGGAAAUGAUUACUGAUAAUAAGAUAAUGGGUGCUUGUGCUUCUUCAAGUUGUGGGCAAAGUACUAAUUGGGGUGAAACCAGUAGUUCUCUGAUGUAUCCUUCUCUUGUUGCUUCGAAUUACGAGGGUGUGCGGCAAGAGAUGCCACGAGAAUGUGCUUUUCAAGAGUUGAGCUACCCGGGGGCGCAAUAGCAUGUGUGUACAUUAUUUGUUAUCAAUUGGUGGAGGUUGGGAUUAUAUGUAUCCAAAUUGAAGCUAGCAAAAGGGAAUUAACUUUGUAUUUGAUUCCCAUAUAGAUAAUAAAAAUCAGCUUGAUUUAUAUAUAACUAGAGACUUGUCCGCUAUGUGAGACUUUCUCAUGUGCUGAUCCCUUAGUGGCAGUGCAGUUUAAUUAUCUGAUUUGUUUGUGUAUUAUUUGGUUGUAAUCUUGAGAGUCAUUUAAAUAUAUCCUUUUAUGUUCCAAGCUA